GACUAUUCUGGACCCGGUCUAGUAUAGUUUGACCGGUCAAGUAAUUUACACCAUCAUUUUUGGCGCCGACCGUGGGACCGUUAAGGUUUCCUCCUAAAUACAAACCUACCCACAAAAACACCACUCAAAAUGUCUUCCAGCCAGCAAAUCAACGCUACCUCUGCUCAGGUGCAAGCCACCACUGAGGGUACCAGCAUCCCCAUGGUUGCUACCCUGCCAGCCGUUUCAACUCCGGUUUUGCCGUUGGGACUAAGCUCGGUCCCAACACCCAGCAUGGUAAGCCCAUUCACGGCCCCCGUCCCUUCCGCUGGACCGAGGGUCAGUUUCCCACCAAGCAUGACUCAGUUCAUGAAUGACCCAGCUAACCUGCAGGCCAUCCAAGGCUUUGGCCAGGUCAUGGCCAUGUGCCAACAGAAUGGGGGAAUGCCUUUCCUCCCAGGGAUGUUUCCAUUCGCCCUUCCAGGUGCUGGAACGGUGCCCCUUCAAGCUCCGAUGGCAGUGAGGCCAUUCCAGACGCCGGUGCCGCAACCAUCACCUUUCCAACCACAGCUGGUCAGCACCAUGGCACCUGUCAACUUGACUGGUGCGCUCAACGCCGCAGGGCCGUCGCGUCCCCCGCAAGGUACGAAUCCAUUAAUCACCCCUGAUGGUCACUGCGUCUCAGUGGAGAGCGGAGACGAUGAGUGGGACAUUCCAAGGACCCACAAGAAGAAGAAGGGAAAAACCAUCCGACCCGCCACCUCCCGAAACUCCGCCUUCGAAAGGCUGGGGGAUAGGGAGGAGGGCCAGAGAAAAUCAGCCAAGCUAAGGUUGGGGCAAAGCGUUGCCCAUGUCAGCGCGUUUGCCCGGUUAGGCGAGAUGAGGGAGGCCGAGCCUGCCCGCACCCAACGCUCCCGGUCAAACCGGCAGGAGCCAGCCAGGACGAGGGCCUCUCGUCAGGAGGAAGAGGCAGAAAGCCAACCCAGGGUACCGGUGGCUAACCGGUUAACCACCCCCAAUGAUCGCGUCCAGCAGAUGGAGGCAAAGCUGGAGAGGCUGGAGAAGAAGGUUGGAGAUAAGAAUGACCGGGACAAACCCCUCGCAGGGUCCCCGUUCACUACAAGGGUCCACCUGACACCUUUCCCACGAAAGGUCAAGAUAGACACCCCAAGGUUUACCGGCAAGGAGGAUCCAGAAAUACAUUUGGAUUCUUUCAACCAAAGUGCAACUAUGAAUGGUUGUACGGAUGAAGAAAAGUGCCUCCUUUUCUUCCAAACCCUGCGGAAUCGAGCUACUGAAUGGUUCAACAAACUUCGCCCGGGAAGUAUUGACUCAUUCAGUGACUUGGCCUCAAAAUUUAAGGCCAAGUUCCAGGAAAACUGUACUAAUAAGAAGAAAUUCACCUAUCUUAGUACAGCCGGGCAGAGGGAAUCUGAGAACCUCACUCACUUCCUUACACGGUGGAAGGAGGAGGUAGACAAGGUUGAGGAGAUGGACGACAAGACGGUGCUGUCCCUCCUCCUGAACGGCUUACGUGCCGGGGAACUAUACAAGGAAUUCUGCCGAAAACCCCCGGCCACGUAUCAGGAAGCCUACCAUACUGCAUGGGAGUUCGCCGAGGCUAAGACUCAACUCCGGGCAAAGAAAGAAGCCGAGCAUGGUUACAAGCCUAAGCCGGUGCAAGUCAAGAAGGAAGAAGUGCCGGUACCCAGCCGGCCAAGGCACCACUAUGACCCGAUAGUCCGAGUGGUCAAUUCAGAAGAAUGCCAGGAGAUCAGGAAAGCACUGGUCAAUCCUCCGGACAAUCCUACCGGUCAAUCUGGGCGUCAGUGGUCGGGCACCUAUUGUUCAUACCACAGGUCAGAUUCCCAUAGCACUUCCGAAUGCAAGAGUGUUAAGGGGGUAAUCCGGAAAAUGAUAGGCAGCGGAGAACUGGGCAAAGAAUAUUUGCAGAAAGCCCAGGAGAAGAGUCAUCAAUGGGUUAGACCAUCUUUCCCGGAGGAUGACUGGGACAACGACCGGCGGAGGAAUAACCGUCCGAAGGAGCGGCAACUUGCCCCUGAAAAGGAACACAUCGGCAUGAUCUUCGGUGGACCUGAGGGUGGAGACUCAACCGCGCAACGGAAGAACUGGUUCGCAGCAUUUACGUUGGUGAGGUUGUGUCGAACACAACUUGAACCCCUCAAAACUCCUCUCUCAGGUUUCACGGGAGACACAGUGGAAGCUGAGGGGUCCAUAGUUCUACCGGUCGAACUAGGAUCGGGCGAAAAGACCGUGUGGAAGAAAAUGCGGUUCAUCGUUGUGGACAUCAAAUGCGUCCACAACGCCAUCCUUGGAAGGCCUGGCAUCAACAAGGUUGGGGCGGUGAUUUCCAUGCCUCACCUAUGCAUGAGGUUCCACACUCCAGGCGAUGUGGGAGAAGUGAGGGGCGACCAGAGGAAUGCCCGGGAGUGCUAUGCCCGGGCGGUUAAAAAGAUGACUAAGGGGGUCAACGUCAUCUCCAAAGAAAUCACCAAGGGAGAGACCCGGGAGAAAUUGGAGCCCGAGGCCGAGACGGUGGAAAUCGAACUUCACCCGGGUGAUUCUUCAAGGAUGGUCAGAAUCGGAGCCAACCUCCCAGAAGAUCUCAAGGCAGAGAUUACACGGGUGCUCCAAGAGUACGCGAGCAUAUUUGCAUGGAGCGUGGCAGAUAUGCCUGGAAUUGACCGCUCAAUCAUCUGUCACUGGUUGGCAGUUAAGGAGGGAAGUCGACCGGUACGCCAGAAGAAAAGGUACUUGGCCAGCGACCGGCGAGACUUCGUCAAGAAGGAGGUGAAGGACCUCCUUAGUGUUGUGUUGCGAAAUUCAACAUCCUCCGGGAGAAUGGUAAAGUGGGCCAUGAUGUUAACUCAGUUUAACAUUGAGUACCGGCCAAGGUCAGCAAUCAAAGGACAGGCCCUUGCAGAUUUCUUGGUAGAAAUGACCGGUCUAACUCCAGACCUACCGGUCGACAAGCCUACCGAGCAAUGGUGGGAGAUGGCAGUAGAUGGAGCAUCUGGUCCUAAAGGUUACGGGGGUGGUGUAGUGUUUACCACCCCAGAAGGUUUCAAGAUCUACCAUGCAAUCGUUUUCAACUUCAAGCUGACAAACAACGAGGCAGAAUACGAAGCUCUGGCUGGAGGGCUCAGACUUGCCCAAGCCCUGAAGAUCGACCGGGUCAGUAUCAAAUCUGAUUCCAGUUUGAUCGUUGGACAAGUGACCGGUAACAUGGAAGCCAGAGAAGGGCGAAUGGCGCAAUACAAGGACCUGGUGCUUGCCUUGUUGAAAGGCUGUGAGGAAUUCAAGAUCGCCCAAAUCCCCCGGGCGGAAAAUGCAGAUGCAGACCUUCUCUCCAAAUUGACGCAGUAUGCUCCCGAGCAUGUUUCAAAACUUGCCCGGGUAGAAAUUCUUGAUCAUGCCAGCAUUGAAAAAUUGGAAGUAGCCGCCAUAGCAGGAGCAAGCCAACCUGACCGGUCAAACUUGGUCGGGGCGGAUGACCACUGGAUGUAUGAUCUGAUGGAAUAUCUGAUGGACGGGACCUUGCCGGAACAAGAUGACCGGGCAAGAAAAGUGAAGCUCAGGGCACCCUGGUUCCAAGUCCUUGACGGAAAGCUGUACAAGAGGGCGUUCGGGGGACCCCUCCUGAGGUGCCUAACCAACCGGGAGGCUGAACGGGUCAUAGCAGAAGUCCAUGAAGGUGUAUGCGCAGCGCAUCAAAUGUCCCGCACUCUUUCCCAACGCAUCAUCUUGUUGGGGUAUUACUGGCCAACAAUCGUCCAGGACUGUGAGAGGUAUGUUCAGAAAUGCAGAACGUGCCAAGUAGUUUAUAAGUAUCCCGGUAGGCCAGCAACCUACUAUCACCCCGUAUCGAAUGUCAUCCCAUUCGCUAGAUUUGGGGUUGAUAUUAUUGGAGCCUUCCCAGUCGCCCAAGGAAGGAAGAAAUUUGUAAUCGUGGCCAUUGAUUACUUCACUAAAUGGAUCGAAGCCGAAGCGUUGGCCAACAUCACCAUGCAACAAUGCAAAAAAUUCAUUUGGAAGAACAUCAUCACAAGAUUUGGGGCUCCCAUGAACCUAAUCACCGACAACGGCCCACAAUUCCGAAAUCCAAGAUUCACCGAAUACUUGGAGGGUUUCGGAAUCAAGCACAAUCGCUCUUCGGUGGCGUACCCCCAAGGAAAUGGCCAGGUGGAAAAUGCCAAUCGAACAAUUGUGGAUGGUCUAAAGAAGCGGCUGGGAGAAGCAAGAAACAAGUGGCUGGAGGAGCUCCCACAUAUCAUCUGGGCGUUUCGAGUAACACCCAGGAGGGCUCAUGGGGAAACUCCCUUCUCCCUAACCUAUGGGUGCGAAGCGAGGCUACCCAUCGAAGCUGAAUUCCCAACGUUCCGGGAGUCAAAUUAUCAACCCCAGCAGAAUGAGGAAGAUCACUUGGCCGAACUCAACUUGGUCGAAGAGCGAAGAAUGGCCGCGGAAGUUAAAAUGAGCACAUACCAGCAAGUUGUGAAGAAAUACCACGACAACAGGGUUGGGCCGCGAUAUUUUCAAGUCGGUGAUGAAGUCCUACGCAGAAGGGAGGCUAGUAGACCGGGAGACGGAGGAAAGCUGGCCAAGAACUGGGAAGGACCUUACCGGGUGAGAGCUAUCAUUCGCCCGGGAACCUACCGGUUAGAAACUCUUGAUGGUGUGCCGGUAGAACGAACCUGGAAUUCUCACCAUCUUCGCAAGUUCUACAAGUGAUUGUAAUACUAGGCAAGGCCUUCUUAAAUUAUCAAUCAAAUUAAGGUUCAAUA